AUGGCGUCCGUAUUCCGAAGUGAGGAGAUGUGUUUGUCACAGCUCUUCCUCCAGGUUGAGGCUGCAUAUUGCUGUGUAGCUGAGCUUGGAGAGCUUGGAUUGGUUCAGUUCAAAGAUUUAAAUGUGAAUGAGAGCCGCUUCCAAAGGAAAUUUGUGAAUGAAGUCAGAAGGUGUGAAUCGCUGGAGAGAAUCCUCCGUUUUCUGGAAGAUCAGAUGCAAAAUGAGAUUGAGAUUCAGGUGCCUGAGAAGUCCCCAUCGACCCCUCUCCCACGGGAGAUGAUUACCCUGGAGACUGCUCUAGAAAAACUGGAAGGAGAGUUACAGGAAGCCAAUCAGAACUAUCAGGCUUUGAAGAAAAGCUUCCUAGAACUGACUGAAUUCAAACAUCUCCUGAAGAAAACCCAGGACUUCUUUGAGACGGAAACCAAUUUAGCUGAUGAUUUCUUUAUGGAAGACACUUCUGGUCUCCUGGAGUUAAGACCUACACCUGCAUACAUGAGUGGAAAGCUGGGGUUCACGGCUGGUGUGGUCAACCGGGAGAGGAUGGCUUCCUUUGAAAGGCUGCUGUGGCGAAUUUGCCGAGGAAACAUCUACUUAAAGUUCAGUGAGAUGGACACAGUUCUGGAAGAUCCCGUUACAAGAGAAGAAAUUAAAAAGAAUAUAUUCAUCAUAUUUUAUCAAGGAGAGCAGCUCAGGCAGAAAAUCAAGAAGAUUUGUGAUGGGUUUCGAGCCACCAUAUACCCCUGCCCAGAGCCGGCGUCAGAGCGCAGAGAGAUGCUGGAUGGUGUCAACAUGAGGCUGGAAGAUUUAAUCACUGUCAUAACACAGACAGAGUCUCACCGUCAGCACCUCCUGCAAGAAGCAGCUGCCAACUGGCACUCCUGGGUCAUCAAAGUGCACAAGAUGAAGGCCGUUUACCACAUUCUGAACAUGUGCAACAUCGACGUCACCCAGCAGUGCAUCAUCGCUGAGAUCUGGUUCCCGGUGGCAGACGCUGCGCGCAUCAGGAGGGCACUGGAGCAGGGCAUGGAACUAAGUGGCUCCUCCAUGGUCCCCAUCAUGACAGCAGUGCAAUCUAAAACAGCUCCUCCCACAUUUAACAGGACCAAUAAAUUCACAGCUGGCUUCCAGAAUAUUGUAGAUGCAUAUGGUGUAGGCAGUUACCGGGAGAUGAACCCAGCUCCCUACACCAUCAUCACUUUCCCCUUCCUGUUCGCUGUGAUGUUUGGAGACUGUGGUCACGGAAUUGUGAUGCUACUGGCAGCCCUUUGGAUGGUCCUUAAUGAGAGACGCUUGCUGUCCCAGAAGACCACCAAUGAGAUUUGGAACACCUUCUUCCACGGACGCUACCUGAUCCUCCUCAUGGGCAUCUUCUCCAUCUACACGGGCUUGAUUUACAACGACUGCUUCUCCAAGUCUUUCAACAUCUUUGGCUCUUCUUGGAGCGUCCAACCCAUGUUCAGAAAUGGCACAUGGAAUACACAAGUAAUGGAAACGAAUCCAUAUUUACAGCUGGACCCAGCCGUUCCGGGAGUGUACUCUGGAAAUCCAUACCCUUUUGGGAUUGAUCCGGUUUGGAACUUGGCUUCAAACAAGCUAACAUUCUUGAACUCCUAUAAGAUGAAGAUGUCAGUUAUCCUGGGAAUUGUCCAGAUGGUUUUUGGUGUCAUUCUCAGCCUUUUCAAUCACAUAUUCUUCAGAAACACUCUCAACAUCAUUCUGCAGUUCAUCCCCGAGAUGAUUUUUAUCCUGUGUCUUUUUGGAUACCUGGUCUUCAUGAUCAUUUUCAAAUGGUGUUCCUUCGAUGUAUCUGUGUCCCAGCGAGCGCCGAGCAUCCUCAUCCACUUCAUCAACAUGUUCCUGUUUAACUAUAAUGACCCUUCGAAUGCACCCCUAUACAGACAUCAGCAAGAAGUCCAGAGCUUCUUUGUUAUUAUGGCUUUGAUUUCUGUGCCGUGGAUGCUUCUGAUUAAGCCGUUUAUUCUUAGAGCCAGUCAUCAGAAAUCCCAGCUACAGGCCUCCAGGAUCCAAGAAGAUGCCACCGAGGACAUUGAAGGUGACAACUCCAAUUCUUCCGUGAGCCCUGGUCCCAGGGCUUCUGCAGGUGCCCAUGGGGCUCAGGAUGACCAUGAUGAAGAGUUCAACUUUGGAGACAUCUUUGUGCAUCAGGCCAUCCACACGAUUGAGUACUGCCUGGGCUGCAUUUCCAACACAGCCUCCUACCUCCGGCUCUGGGCCCUCAGCCUGGCGCAUGCACAACUGUCUGAAGUGCUGUGGACCAUGGUGAUGAACAUUGGCCUUCGCGUGCAAGGCUGGGGAGGACUCAUUGGGGUCUUCAUCAUUUUUGCCAUAUUUGCUGUUCUAACGGUAGCCAUCCUUCUGAUCAUGGAGGGCCUCUCGGCUUUCCUGCAUGCCCUGCGGCUGCACUGGGUGGAGUUCCAGAACAAGUUCUACGUCGGGGCUGGUUACAAGUUUUCUCCAUUCUCCUUUAAACAAAUCCUGGAUGGGACAGCUGAGCAGUAG